AUGGAAUUGAAACUCAGAGCACCCUCCGACGCUCACUCAGCUGAACUCACAUCUCCCGUCAACAUGUCCUACAGCUGCUGCUCUGGAAACUUCUCCUCCCGCUCCCUUGGGGGUUACCUGCGCUGCCCAAGCUCCUCCUACCCCAGCAACCUGGUCUACUGCACGGACCUCUGCUCUCCCAGCGCCUGCCAGCUGGGAGCCCCCAUCUACGGCAGCUGUCAGGACACCUGCUGCGAGCCCACCAGCUGCCAGACGUCCUGCGUGGUGUCCAGCCCCUGCCACGGGUCCUGCUCCCGCCCGAGGACCUCCACGCUCUGCAGUCCCUGCCAGACGACUUACUCUGGCUCUCUGGGCUUUGGGUCCAGGAGCUGCUGGUCCCUGGGCUGUGGAUCCAGUGGCUUCAGACCCCUGGGUUAUGGAGUCUGGGGUUUUCCUUCCCUGGGCUAUGGAUCCAGUUUCUGCCGCCCUACCUAUUGGGCUUCUAGAAGCUGUCAGUCUGCCUGUUACAGGCCAACCUACAAAUCAGCCUUUUGUAGAUCGACUUGUUGA